CUAGUAAUGAGAUGUGUUGAUAGUUUCUGCAGAUGGCGCACGCACCCGACGCCAAACCACGCCAAACUUUGUUUAUAUUUGUUAUAUUAUAACCUUAACACUUGCCGUUUUUUUAUCUCCCCUAACGAGUUACAAAUGCAAUCGCAAUUGCAAAUGAAGCUGUACAAUUAUCGCGCGCGAGCAAUAAUUGUUAGCAGUUAUGCAGUGAGAAUUUCACACAAGUACACGCGACUCCUAAAUAUUUAAGCAAACGCGAUGGAAAUAAAGAUAAGGAAAUAUAGAUAAAUUUUUUCCAUUGGAAGAGAGUUUUCCCGAGAUUUUUUUCACGUUAUUGUGCUAUGCGAGUAAAUCUGUAAAUAAAAUGGCAUUUUCGUUUCGAGUCGGUACCAACUGGUGCCAUGACUUCCCGAAACUCGCCAGAGAAUCAGGAUUUUACUUCAAUAUGCACGGAUCCAGAGUGCGAGUCGACUGGAAUCGCAUAGGUGCCAUAGACAUAGACCAUGUUAUUCGAGAAAGAGAUUUCUCGACCAUUGAUCAAAAUAUCAAUAAUGUGAUAGAUUAUUGCUUGGAGAGUGAAUAUGAUGUCAAAAUCCUGGAUCCCAACUUUGUCAAGCUGUUCAGACUCGCACAACUCUCUGUUGAAUAUUUAUUAUAUUGUAAACAGUAUUUGGAUCAUAGCGUGGUAAUAUUGAAGGAUGAAUUGAGACAGAAGAUAGAACAGAACGUCAGCAUGAAGAAAGAAAUUGCCACUCUGGAAGAUACUGUGAAGAAUCUGAAAGAGAGAUCAAGGGAGAAACGUAAAUUGAUUGAAACUAGCGUUGGUGAGAUCUCUAAUGGAGAAGUUUAUAAGUGUCCACAUUGUCCAAAAACAUUUGUACGUGCUAUAUUCGUAAAUGCUCAUAUAGCGCGCAAACAUUCGUACAUGAGUGUAUCCACGUCCCCUGUGCAUGAUCAUUAUCGAGCUGAAACGGAGAAAUUACAUAAUGAAAUAAAAACAUUAAAGGAAAGACUGAAUCAAACUGAAAGAGUGAUAAGAAGUGAAACCGAUAAACUGCAGGAUAACACAGAAAAGAAUUAUGCGAGAAAUAUGAAUAAACAUGAGUAUGAUGUUGAGAAAGUAGGUAGAUUUCAGGAGCAGCAAAGAUAUCAAGAAGACAUUGGAAAUUUAAAGAGCAUGCUAUUCAACGAGAUACGCGCAUUAAGAGAAAAGGAUCACGUUAUAAAUGAGAGUAUCCUGGAGACAAAUGUGAAAACUAUAAUCAGCCAACAAGAAAAAGAGAUUGAGAACCUGAGAAAUCAACUUCUUGAAAGAUUAACUCCAGGUAUGGAAGAUAUUCAGGUGAAGUUACAAGCACAAGAGAAUCAUUGGAAGGCCACAAUAGAGGACAUGGAAGUUCAACACCAUCGGGACAUCGAGAAAUUGGCCAUGGAAUUGAAAGCGACUCAGCAGAUAGCUAAUCGUACAAGGUCUGAAUAUGAAUCUAAAGUGCAUGACUUAGAGAAACAAUCUAUGGAUCAAUCUAACAUGCUAGUGGAACAGAGGAAGCAAUUGAACAACUUGUCACGUGAGAUUGGUAACUCGCAGAUGCAGAUUAAUCACAAAAAUACAGAAAACAACGUAUCGGAAUUCCUAAAUAAAUCUUCUACGCUAACAGCAAAACACAAAAACAAUUACAACGAAAGCAAUACUUACAAGAAUUUAAAUAAUACUGAAAACAUCGAGAUGAUUAUCGAAGAUAUUGGUAGUGGAUCUAGUCAAGAAUAUAGUGACAAAUUGAUAUCGAUUGCAGCACAAAUUCAACACAUGCCUGGUAAAGAUAAUACUGCAAAAAGCAAAGGUAAUAAAAAAGUUAUCCCUGAUAAUAGUAAAGUUGUGGAACAUAUGACUGCAAAGUCACGCAAUCUGACAAAAUCGGAUAAAUUAGAAUCUGGUAAAAAAACGAAAAAUGCUAGGCAUUAUGAUGUAUUGAACGAUAUAAAUAAAGUAAAUGACCACGCAAGUAACAGUUUUGUUACCAAAGAAAAUCUUACUGACGUAAAUAAAAAGUACGUAGACAUCAAAGAAAAAAAAGAAAUAUUGCAUACUGACAAUAUAAAGAAAAGGAAAUCCGAAUUCUUAGAAAAACGUAGCGUAAGUUCUGUGACGGAAUCCGAAUCCUUAUCGUCGAUAUCAGAAUCGGGGACUGACAGUGAGAGUGUCACUAUGGAUGAGGAUUUAAUAAAAAGAUCUGAAACGUCUGUCAAUAUCAGAAAAAAGGUGAUACCGGAAGACGCGCGGAAUAUGCUCGACAAUCGGUUGAGAGAAUUGGGAAUUGAUCCGGAAUGGCAAGGGAUACCUGCGGCAACGUAUAAGCAAAAGAUGGAGAUUGUGAGACAUCAGCAAAGCAUUAAUGCAAAGAAAUUAAUUCGAUAUAAUCAAAUUAAACAAAAAAUACUCGAAGACGUUCUUCAAACGAUAUUGGCAAAUCGUAAGGAAUCGGGAUAUUCCUCGCUUAUGAAAAAUUCUCUGCUGAAUAAGCUAGUCACUCAUGUGAAAUCGAAGGCUUGGAAAGCAUUCAAUAAAGAUAGUGGCGAAUAUAUAUCCGUCCAAAAAACAGAAAAUACAACACCAUUAAAAUUACGUUUGAAGCAGAAGAUUGAACUCCUUCCUAAAAAAUAUAAAGAUGACGAAGUGUAUGAGAAUACGCGCGAAUCACCAUUAAGAAAAAGUGGAAUGGAUACUUGUGUCAGUCCAAAGGUGACCGCGACGUAUCCGAAGACAGUUCGAAAUGUCUCUUCUGCGAGCUCUAUUGAAUCUCGAGAGGAUUUAAAACAGAUUUUGUCUACGAAAAUAAUUGUGUCGGACACUAACACAUGUAAAGUGAGCUCUCCAAUCAGCAGAAAACAAGUAGCGCCGAAAUAUUUCGAAAACAAUGAUUCGGAUAGUACAAAUGUGCAGCAAGACGAGUUAAUUUUUUCUCCAAAGAAUAGUAAAAGUGUUUUAAAACCAAUGAGUGGCUCAGCCGGAAGCUUGGUAAAAAAAAAAGUCUUAUUCGAUUUAAAUGACAAAAAAAGUGAUGAUACGACGAUGCCAGAAAAUGAUCAACGAAGUAUUCAAGUAAAUUACAAUGAUUGGAACAUCUCAAGCUUUGCUAAGAGAAAAGAAUAUGCGUUGCAAAAAGAAAAGUCCAUGAGUACGGGCAAUAUUGUUUUAAAAACUUCGCAAAGCGAUAAAAUCGCUGAAAUAUCGAAGAAAAUACAAGAACAGUUGAGCAUAGUAAAAAAGCCGCCCGUAGGAUCAAUCGAAACAAUCUUUCGAUUUAACACGAAUCAACUGUUAAACUCGACCAGUCUUGUGAGUUCUAUCUUGGAUAAUCCUGUACAAAAUUUUACAAAUCCAAAAGAAAGAGACAAUGUAUUCCCACAACCCGCUCCGCGAACUCUGAAGGACAAAGACCUUUCUGUCGCUCAACGUAAAAGUGAAAUAAAAUAUUCCGAUCUGGAUUCGGAUAUAGAUGCAAUACUGCAGAUGGAAUAAGGUGGACCGAUUGUAUGUAGUUUUUAAUUAUUAUCUUAAUCUGCAUCUUCCGCUCUAUGCUGCUGACAUCACAAAUGGAUUACGAGUAGAUUUAAUUUAUUGAAUUUUUUGUAUAUUUAGUAGUGUAUACAUAUACAUAUAUGUUAAGGAAUGGAUAAGUUUUAUUUAAUUCAUUUUGAUGCACAAACGUACUGAAAAGAAUUUUAUAUAUAUCUAAUGUGCACUUGAAAUAUAUAUACAUUAUACAUGAAAAGCAUUUUCUUUUAGAAUUUAUCUUAAAAGCCAUUAGAAUCAUGGAACAAUAUAAACUUCGAAAAAUUUUACUGUAUUUUUUGUAAAUUUAAUAGAAUUUGAUAAAAUUUGGUUACAAUUUAUUAAAAUUUUACGUAAUUUUAUUAAAUGUUACUAAAUUUUGUUAAAUUUUACUAAAAUUACAAUUUUAGUAAAAUUAUAGUAAAAUUAUAUUUUGUUACAAUUAUAGUAAAACUUUUCGAAAUCCAUAUUAUCCCAGUAAUUUCGAGGGUAAAUUCUGAGAGAAAAUUCUCUUCGCGUAUAAAUUUCUGAAAUA